AUGGCAACAUCCGCCAUCAGAGCAGGAGACUCCGAGAGACUCGCGCGCAUCAUUUCAAUUGGACCCGCUGCUACUCCCGGGGUAACUAAAGAGACGGGUCUAUUAGAGCUCCUCGGACAAGGAGGGUGCUCGUUGCUGGUGUCCAAAGAGCUUCAGCUUACUCCAGAAGAGAUCGAACUAUCCAAGAGCCAAUUUGCCAACCUAUUGGUGGAAGAAGACAAGCCAGCAUGGUGGCGCAACCCGGGAAUCGAGAAUCAGGUCGACACCAUUGAGCUAAUAGCUGCAGAGGCCGGUGCGGGCUGUGGAGUGGGUGAGCGUAUCAUGUGCAUCGGCAACAAAGACCAGAUCAAGGAAGUAGUAGAGAGAGGUCAACACUGGGAAGCCGCGCUGCUAUUACAGUCGAACAAGAGACCUCUCGAGAAGAUACAGAGACUGCUGCAGAUCAUGGAGAUGAACAGACUUCCGUCGUACGAUUUCUUGUCGGAUGAGACACACGACGUGGUACAAGCUAUCAAUUACUGUACGUGCGCAAAGCUAAACUGA